AUGGCGGCGGCGGCGGCGGCGGCGGCGGCGGCGGCGUCGGCGUCGGCGUCGGCGUCGGCGUCGGCGUCGGCGUCGGCGCCGUCGUCGUCGUUGUCGUCGUGGUGCCCAGUGCCCGGCCAAGAGUGCGGCGCCACCGUGUUGUGCGGCAGCCCCCUCGCAGUGGGCCCCCGCUGCGGCCGCCCCGCUCACGCCCAGCCCUGCCUGCGCCCCCGCACGCCUCGAGUGCGCCUCGAGUGCGCCUGCUGCCUUCCUUGCGGUGCUGCUCCGGCGCCGCUCCGGUGCCCCAGAGGAGGCCCGCGGGCCCGCGCUGCCCUGCUCCGCCACCCUCUCGUCUCGAGAGUCGUCGGCGGGCCCGAGGGGGAAGUGAGGAGGGGCGGGCCUCCUCGCUUCCCCCCCUCGUUCGCGGCCGAACCACCCUCUCGGCUCGAGGGGGGGCGGGCGGCGAGGUAG